AUGGCUGUCCUCAAAAAUUCCCGGCCGGCGAAUGCAGAUUCGGUCAAUAACAGCCUCCUCAGUCAGUUUGGAACCGGCCCAAUACUUCCAGUACCUCACCAUGUUGUCCACGAGGCUUUCGAGAGCAUUGUCGACACCUAUCCUGCUGCAAUUGCUGCCAAAUUUGGGGAUGCCACAAUCACAUAUCGUCAAUUGGAUAUUGCGGCCAACCGCCUCGCUCAUGUUCUGAUCGACUCUGGAUUGAAACCAAGGCAGCGGGUCUGCCUGGUUGUGCAACGCUCCUUUGAGAUGCUCACUGGCAUCCUGGCUAUCUUGAAGGCAGGAUGUCAGUACGUGCCCAUCGACGGCGGCGUUGCUUCGGAACAGGCAAUGAGGCACAUCUUCAGAGACACGGACGCUCGAUACAUUCUUUGUCUACCGCGAUUCUCAGACAAGGUCCGAGAAUGUGCCGGGGGGAACGCCAUCAUACUUGCUCUCGAUGGCGAUACAGGCGCAGAUGCCCGCACAGAGAGACCGAGAGUCACAGUUACAGCAAGAGAUGGUGCAUAUGCCAUUUAUACUUCAGGAAGUACGGGAAUGCCCAAAGGAGUUGACGUUUCUCAUGGAAACGUCACCAAUGCUCUUACCCUGGAACCGGCGAAACUUGGAAUCAGGGUUGGUUCAAAAGUGGCGCAAGUGCUGAGCAUCGCCUUCGACAUGGGUGCUUGGGAAAUUCUCGGCUGUAUUAUGAACGGCGGAACUUUAUACCUCAGGGGAUCUGAUUGGCGGGCUACGCUACGAGAGGUCGACACUUUCAUCUCAACACCAUCCAUUCUAUCCAAGUACACGCGGUCAGAUUUGCCCAAUCUGCGUACUAUUGUCACUGGUGGAGAGCCAUGUCCUCAAGUGUAUGCAGAAAUACUAGCCGAUGAGUGGGCGCAAGGUACUUGCUACUAUAACAUUUGCGGCCCGACGGAAAUUACCAUUCUCAAUUCAGCCCACCGACACGUCUCCGGCAGGUCUAUCUCGAUUGGACGACCUCUACCGAACACAACAUGCUACAUUCUAGAUGAAAACGAACAGCUUGUGCCGUUUGGCGAAAAAGGUGUGAUGUGGGUUGGUGGUGCGGGCGUCACACGUGGCUACAUUAACUUGCCUGAAUUGACAUCACAACGAUACAAAAAAGACAAAUUCGCCAAUGAUGGCUCCAUAAUGUUCAACACUGGCGACAUUGUGCGCUGGAGGGAGGAUGGCUCACUGGAGACCUUUGGCCGUAUGGACGAUCAGGUCAAGAUCAAGGGCUUCCGCGUGGAGCUGGAUGGCGUUUCUGCGGUCAUCGAGAAAUUCCCGGGCAUCACACGUGCUGCGGCUAUGGUUGUCGAUGCAGAUCUGCAUGGGUUCUAUACUGCGGAAACGCUCAUUGAUGAGCAGGACGUGGAAACCUUUGCUCAGCAACAUCUGCCCUAUUACUCUGUGCCAAAAUAUUGGCAUUUUGCUCCCGCUAUCCCGCUGACGCCAAACGGUAAAGUCGACAAGAAAGCUCUCAGGGAAUUGGCCCUCAGGGACUUGUCUACAACGGACAGUAGAGCGGAUUCAGGUGCACAAGUCGACAUGACAGUGCCCAACCUACCAGCGCCCCCACAGGCACAUCAACCGAAGAUGAGUGGUUGUAUCUUCUCGAUCAUCCAGCGUCGACGAGGUUCCUGA